CACAGUGAUAACGAAAAUUAAUAACUGAACAAGACAUUUCGCUGUGAGACUAUGUUAAGUAGAAAACCAGCUAAGUUUUAAAGCACUGCACUUGUUAUUGCGAAAGCACUGGUGUAAUGUUGUGUUCCAUAAAAACAGUGGUUUGGUCCGUGCGUGCGUGUUAUGUGUGGGCAAUUCGAGUGAGGCGACUAUACUAAACGUCCAUACUAAAAUGGGACAUACGAAAACCCACUCGCUCGUUUGAAUUCAUUUGUACGUGGUGAACGAUAAAUGGCGCAUUACUUCAUGAUAGUGUCAAGAUGGACGUGUUGAACAAACUUAGGAAUACUGUGAGCAACACCAUAAGUAACACCGUAAACAGUACUGCUUAUGGUCUCUCACAGCUCUCCAGUGUUCUCCCAGGAAAUCCUGUGACCAGAGAAUUUGAAGCAACAGCACACAUUGCCAGUGCAGGACCUGGUUUGUUGUGGAAGGUUUACAGUGGUUAUAAAAAAUCAACGAGACAAGAAGCUGCAAUAUUUGUUUUUGAGAAGAGACUCCUGGAUCGCUGGUCUGGAAAGGCAGAAAGAGAAGCUGUUCUAGAGUCUCUCAGACGUGGUGUGACCCAGUUAACUAAACUACGGCACCCUCAGAUAUUAAUUGUUCAACAUCCAUUGGAAGAAUCCAGAGAUAGUCUUGCAUUCGCUACUGAGCCAGUUUUUGCAAGCUUGGCUAAUGCACUGGGACGUUCUGAGAACGUUCCACAGCCUCCUCCAGCAGCCCUGAGAGAUUAUAAAUUAUUAGAUGUAGAAAUUCGUUAUGGAUUAUUACAGUUGGGAGAGGGAUUGGCAUUUUUACAUGGGGACGUUAAACUUCUCCACAGAAAUGUCUGUCCAGAAUCCAUUGUCAUUAAUGGACAUGGAGCAUGGAAAAUUUUUGGUUUUGACUUUUGUGCUUUGAAUCAAAGCCCUAACGACAAGCAGCCAUCCUGGUCAUACAUUGAUUAUGAUCCUACAAUCCCAGCUAUCGCACAACCACAGUUAGACUUUCAAGCUCCAGAAUGUAUUAUAGCUGGUAGCAACGGGCCGCCUAGUGAUAUAUUCUCCCUGGGAAUGCUAGUUUAUACCCUGUACUCUCCAGGGCACAAGCCACUUAAUGAAUCCCAUGGAGAUCCAUCCAAGUGUCGACGUUUCUUAGGAGAUAUCAAGACAUCACUACCCACUGCGAAGCUAUCUCCUAUUCCAGAAGCCCUUAGAGACACUGUGAAACUAAUGCUUACUAAUAACCCAGAACUCAGACCAGAUGCUCAUCAGUUUAUAAAGAUAGAGUAUUUCACGGACAUUGGGGUAAAAACGCUCAACUACCUGGACAAGCUUUUUCAGUGGGACAACUUACAAAAGUCUCAGUUCUAUAAGGGUCUGCCUCAGGUUAUUAAGCAGCUGCCACACAGAGUAGCCCUGCACAGAGUACUACCAGCACUCUAUAAGGAAUUUGUGAAUGCACCUAUGGUUCCCUUUGUAUUACCAAGUGUCCUCCAGGUCGCAGAAACGGGAACCAUCGAAGAAUUCCGCGAACACAUUUUGCCGAAUUUAAAGCCUGUCCUGGCGCUGGGAGAGCCUCCACAGAUAAGUCUGGUCCUGAUGCAAAGAGUAGACUUGCUCCUGAAACUUUGUCCUGCUGAUGUAAUUAAGAGCGACGUUGUCCCCAUGCUCACCCGGGCCCUAGAUUCCAAUUGGGAACAGUUGCAGGAACUGUGUCUAGCAGCGCUGCCUUCGAUAGCAACACUCAUUGAAGGACCCUCAAUGAAAAAUGCCAUUCUGCCCCGAAUUAAAAAACUGUGCAUAGGAGGAAAGGGAAGUACAAGUAGUCUAGGAGUACGGGUCAAUUGUCUUCUAUGUCUUGCAAAGAUGCUGGAGAACCUAGAUCGAUGGCUUGUCCUGGACCAGAUACUACCAUUCCUACAGGAGAUACCACACUCUGGAGAGCCUGCUGUUCUUAUGGCGAUAAUAGGAAUCUAUAAGCUAGUCCUGACUCAUAGUAAACUAGGAAUGAGCAAAGAGAUUAUGGCGACCCGAGUCUUGCCGUUCUUAUUACCGCUGUGCGUGGAGCAGAGUCUCAGCCCCACACAAUUCGAAACCCUCGCUACUUUGGUGGGAGAUAUGAUAACAAAAGUUACAUCUGAACACAGAGAAGCUUUAAAACAAUUGGAUGCAGUUCGCCGUGAUGCCCAGCAAUUUGAUCAAGCUCUUUCCCAGGCGGCAAAUCCUGCUGUGGUUAAUGAGCUCAAUGAUGCUUUUGCUGGAAUAGAAUUGGCACCACCACCUACAAGUUCUUCGAAGCCUCUCAAUGGUGGACAAAGUCUUACUCUUCAAGAUAAACAAAGAUUGGCUCAGCAACAGGAAGCUAGUCAAAGAUUACAGUCUCAGGCGUCACUGGCGCCCAAAAAGGUUUCUCCACCAGCUAAGCCACAGCCAAAGGACCUGACCAAUACACUUCUGCAGAAUAAUCUGAAUCAACUGAAUCUAAGUCCUAAAACUCCACCUCAGCAGCCGAAUUACUCAGUUCUGCAGAGUGCUAAUUGGUCACAGAACACACCUACGCAGACUCAGUGGGGUGGUCUAGCUAUAACAGCUGGCCCACAGUCUGCGCAGAGUCCUACAGGGGCCUGGAAUGCAAAUGGGAUGAGUUCACCAGGUUGGUCAACAGGGGGCACACUUGGGCCAAAUCAAACAAUAUCGAACUGGAAUCAAAUUAGACCUCAAAACGUACCAAAUCAAAGUUGGAACAUGUCUAAUAAUUCAAUGGGUUCGGAAUGGAGAUCAGAUUCUAAUACAUUAGGAAUGUCACAGCCGUUAAUGGGACAGUCGAAUAAUACACAGCAAGUAAAUCUAUCGACACAGGAUAUUAUGGAUUUACUCAGCUAAUAGCAGUUGGUUUAAUUCAUAAAAUCAAUUUUAAGAGACAUUGCUAGGUUUAAAAUCUUGGAAGUAUGCACUGUACUCCUUGGUAGAUCUUAACAAAUAACUCGACCCGUACACGAGACAGAAUUUUCAAUAACAAUUAAUAAUGUAACAUAAAAUUAGAUGAAAGUUAAGUAUCAAAAAAAUAGAGAUCUUGAAUCUUUUUUAUCUUAUAUUCCCUCACAUUUAAAUGUUAUUUAAAACGUUAAAUAUUUUUGGUAAACUCGGAUCGUUAUAAAAAAAUCUCUUUAUGUUAAUUACUAUUAUGUCGAGCCUAUAUUAAUCGUACGUGAUAAUUUUUAUUUAGCAUGUAACUUACGUUUUAUAGAAUGUACUAGAUUACUGAUGGACUUUUCAAUAAGAAUUGAACACGGCUGAUAAGUCUUCAUUUUCUCUUUAAUUAUCUGCUAGGCAGCAGUUCCAUGAAUUUCAUUCGUAACACAGAUAGUACGAUAUGUAUGUAUCGUUUUACAAAAUCGAGUAUGAAAUUUUUGUAUAUAAAAACAAGAAGUGAUUUCUGCAACUUUGCAUGUAUAAAAUAUAUAGCGAUACCUGAAAAUA